GACGACGUUGCCGCGAUUGCCACCCAGUACCUCACGGACGAGAUCGGAGUGGAGGAGAAGAACAUUGACAAGAUACUGGAGUCGUGCCCUCAGUUGCAAGGGUUGAGCGUUCGCGACAACCUCCGACCCACUGUCAAGUUCCUCGUGAAGGAGGUCGGGAUUGGAAUCGAGAAGAUGAGGAAGAUCAUCGUCUGCUUCCCGCAGCUCCUCGGCCUCAGUAUCAAGGAAAACCUUAGGCCGACUGUGAAGUACCUGGUGGAGGACGUUGGAAUCAGCCAGGAGAAGUUGAACAAGACUAUCUUCACUCACCCACAGCUGCUCGCGUACAGCGUUGAUAACAACCUGAGACCCAAACUUCUUCUCCUUCAGCAGCAUGCAGACAUUCCCAAGGCAAGGCUGGCAGACUGCCCACAAUUGUUGGGCUACAGCCUGGAGAAGCGGAUCAAGCCGCGGCACAUGCUCCUUGCCAAGUGA